CAAGACCUCUCUAAGAAACACGACAGGCGGCUGGAAAGGGACCCGAGACGACCAACGCCACACAAGCCCGCGAGAAUGCUCCGACCAACUUACGUCAUACUUUUCACAAUCUGGAGAUCUUCCCGGUGCGCGCCUGCCUUCCGGAGGCUGCAUGUAUCUGCCCUGGAAGUGGCUGAACGCCUAGGCCCGGAGGAUACGGUGACUGCCAACUUUGGGGCAUUCAUCCACGGCGUGCGGCCGGAGCAGCUGACGCAAAAAGUGUUGCGCCGGAGCCAGAGGAUGGUGCUGGACAGCAUUGGUGUGGGCAUCCUCGGCAGCACCACCCACGUGUUUGAGCUGGUCCUGCAGCACUGCCGGCAAAUGUACCAAAUGACAAAUGACAUCAGCUCAGUCUACGGCCGCCCGGGCACUAAGCUUUCUCCAAUGCUGGCCGCCUUCGUCAACGGAGUAGCAUCUCACUCCAUGGACUUUGACGACACCUGGCACCCAGCCACCCAUCCCUCAGGUGCCGUGCUACCCGCCCUCCUGGCCAUCAGCGACAUGCUACCCAGGAACAGCAAGCCUAGCGGGAUGGACCUGCUGAUGGCAUUCAACGUGGGCAUCGAGAUCCAGGGCAGGCUGCUGCGGUUCUCCAACGAGGCCCAGAACAUCCCCAAGAGGUUCCACCCCCCUACUGUGGUGGGCCCCAUGGGAAGUGCUGCAGCCUGCGCUCGCCUCCUGUCCCUGGACCGCAUUCAGUGCAGCCACGCCUUGGCUAUAGCUGCGUCCCAGGCGGGGGCACCCAUGGCCAAUGCAGCCACGCAAUCCAAGCCUCUUCACAUCGGCAAUGCAUCACGCCAGGGCCUGGAGGCCGCGCUCCUGGCAUCCCGGGGCUUGGAGGCCAGUCCACUAGUGCUGGACUCCGUUCCUGGAGUGUCUGGCUUCAGCGCCUUCUAUGAGGACUAUGUUCCUCAGCUGUUGCCUUGCCCUGAGGAAGUGGAUCCCUCGUUCCUGCUGGAAGAGCAGGACAUGGGCUUCAAGCGCUUCCCUGCUCACCUGGGCAUGCACUGGGUGGCGGACGCGGCCGCCUCUGUCCACAAGCAGCUGGUCGGCUCCCACAACGGUAACUUCAACCCGGCAUUCAUCCAAGACAUCCUGCUGAGGAUCCCUCCCUCCAAGUACAUCAAUAGGCCGUUCCCAGAGUCCGAGCAUGAGGCCCGCCAUUCAUUCCAGUUCAACGCCUGCACAGCUCUGCUGGACGGGGAAGUGACCGUGCAAUCCUUCCACCCCGCUGGCCUCCGGCGACCCGAGCUGCACACUCUGCUGUCCCGGGUGCGAGUUGAGCACCCCAACGACAACCCCGCCAACUUCGACCGCAUGUAUGCAGAGGUGUUGGUGACGCUGGUCGAUGGGGACGUUCUCAAAGGCCGCUGUAACACGUUCUAUGGGCACUGGCGCAAUCCCCUCACCGACAACAGCCUGCAGAGAAAGUUCCGGGCCAAUGCUGGUGCUGUGCUGCCUUCAGAUAAGGUCGAGGGACUGAUAGAAAUUGUAGACAGCCUGGAGCAACUCGGAGACUGCAGCCCUCUCCUUGCUCAGCUUCAGUAAUAUAACUGUCCAGGAGGGGGAGGCGGAGAGCCAAACUGAAUGUGCUUUACGUAAUAAGCACUUCAUACUAAUACAACAGGCGUAGCUGUGAUAAUUGAGGACAAAGCCUCCUGCAUAUCAAAUUUAAAUGAGACUUUGUAUCACUUGAAUAAAGUAAUUUUACUGAAGGAUAUUUUUGCAAUAUUGUAUAUACUUAUAAGAAGUCGUAUCAGCACAUGAAAAAUUCUGUGAUCCAAGUUUGAAGGGCUCCCCUUCCCAAUGGAUGGGCAUGAAGAAUAAUGAAAUUAUUUAAAGAUGAUUGAUCAUGCUGUUUGCAUUUUGCAUAAUGUUCAAUGUUUGUCAUAAUGUUACAAUGUAUUCUUGGGCUUUGUACUACACGUCAAUCACACAUUCAUAGCAUUAAUGAGCACCAUUCGUCGUGUUUGAUAUUAACUCCAUAUUCAAGUGUAAUUUUGUAAUUAUUAAGUAAUUAUUAAGUACUAAUUAUUAAUAAUUUAUACAAUUUGUAAUCUAUUUAUGUAAAUAUGUACCAAACUAUAAUUAUAUUGCUUGUUGCAGUGUUGAGUGAAUAUUGAUGAAUUUUUGAUCUACUGAUUAUUGUAAAAUUGUUAAUACCUACUGAGCAAUGCUUGCCUUUAAAAAAAUAGAAAAUGCACUAUUGUAUGACUAAUGUUCACAGGGUUUGUUUCUUCACCAUUAUGUUACAUGCAUUCCUCAUUUCCUGUGUUUCUGCAUAUUG